GCCGGCGGUCGGCUCGUUCAGUCGCAGGAGACGCGCGCACCAUCGCGCAUGUGCAGUGACAGUAACUUUUAUAUUUAAACCUUUCUAUAGUGCUGUGUAUGGAUAAAAUGAGGCUAAUAUUUUGGGUCACAGCCUUGGCUGUGCUCAGCAUAGCAUUGGCGAAAAAUACGACGGCAAAAGCGAAACCGAAACGACAAUUAGACAGCAUACGAACACAUGAAAAUUUACAAUACUCCCUCGUACUUCCACACUCAAGAGUUCAACAUUACCGUGCACUAAAUAACAAUCGUCGUAUUUCUCAUGGCUCCACGAAAGGAAAACUGCCACCUUACGCUGUUCAGAUGGAACCCGUCGUGCAGUAUUCGCAGAAGGACCCUCUGUAUGACCCUACACAAGAAAACGCAGAAGAAACGGUUGUCAACAAAAACGAAAUUUAUGCCCAAUCAAAAAUUCUAAACGUAGAUCAAUCUGGUGAAAGCUAUGGACCUCCAUUUGGAACUUUACCGACUGCUCCUCUGUACAGCCACCAUCCUCAUUAUUACGAAGAACCAGAACCGAUCAUUGAAAUCAUUAUCAAAGAGUCCAAUGAAACCCUGCCAGCGCCUCCUCCACCCCCGGUACAAAAGAAAAAGAAGGAGCCUGUGCAUGUUUUCUACGUAAAAUACAGCAAAGACCCUCAUUCAAAAGACAAGGUAAUCUAUGAAAAGCCAAUUCCUGCUAUUACUCCCCCAACCAACGAUGAAGACGAGCACCAUGAACACGAAGACGAAUACGUAACUGUAACUCCUGAACCAUACCUUCCUCCGAAGACGACUACUUUGAGAGCUAUAAUCAAACCAGAAUCUGAGGUUUAUCACAGCGACAGCAGCGUUAAAGUAACUUUUGGUAAUGAAGGUCGCCAUUACAGUGACAGACGUGAAAGCAGCAGCCAUUCUGAGCACCAUGAAGAAACUGCACCUAAGCCAGCUAUAGCACUACCCAAUUCCCCUCCUCAACCCACUCAACAGAGCCUUCAUAAUCAUCAGAUCCAUCAAAGUCAAAUCCAGCUUGAACGGUCAGUGUCACAGAAGCCACAAUUCAUAGAAUCCAGUACUAGGCCAUCUUUCAUUCAACACCAACAGCAAUCACAAUACUUUAGAUCUGGACCCCAACAGGCUCAAAGUCGUAUCCAGUUCCAACCUCAACAUAUUCCAAAUGAACAGCAGCUACCGAGACAAGGCCCCUCAGUAUCCCCUUUCAGACCUCAACAGCCACAACAACCACCACAAACACCUCGUAUCCCAUUUGGGCCGACUCCCAUUUUUAACGCAGCAUUCUCCAAUGGUCCCAUUGUCCCACACUUUGGAAGCCCAACUGCUCCCAGCCCAGUGACUGCCUUCCCUACUCCCUCUUUCCCUAGACCAAACAACGGACCACCUAGUUUCCACUCACGUGUAAAUCCAUCUUUUGCUUCGAGACCACCUUUCAAUGGACCUCCAAGAACCAGCUUCCAUUCAGGACCUCAAAGGCCUUUCCCAUCCCAACCAAAGAACUAUUUUGAUGAUCCUAAAUACUUGCAAGAAAAUUAUCACACUAUCACUACUGAUCAAGUAGAUACACCAAAACAGCAACAAUUACCCAACAGGCCCCUGCAAUCAUUUAGCCCUCUUUCUCACCCCAGCCCUAGUCCAACUCCAGCUCAAUUCCAAGAACACCGUCGUCCACCAAUUGUUCCACUAAAUCAACAGCUCCCCCAACAAAGACCAGCUCCCCAAUUCAGUGACUCUCUUCACAACAAACCAUCUAUCGCCAUAAACCCAACCGCUUCUCCAUUCUUUAAUUUGAAACCUUCCCCACCACUCAUUGAAAAUAACCGUCCUCCUUUCCAUCAGCCUCAACCUCAACAGCAGUUCAGUUUCCAUCAAGGACCCCAAGGCCUCCCCAGACCAUCACCUCAAAUUCCUUUCCAGCAUUCAUUCCCUGGUCCCAUUUCUCCCUCACCAUCUCCUUUACCUCAAAAUCAGUUUGUACCUUCACCUUCUUCUGCUCCUUUAUACAAUUUCCAUCCACAACCAUCACCAACUCCCGAUGUCUUCCACCAAGGUUCUCCCUCAGAAAGACCUUUUAACCACAAAGCAAAUAUUGAACAUCAACAAAACGUUGGCUCUCUAGUACCAAAUGGUGGUGAAUUGGUUCCGGCUAUUUCGAAAUAUGAACAGCAUAUUACAAUAAACGGACCAACAUCUCAACCAUUCAAUGGCCUUGGAGAACCUGGCCCUAGUCAACCUACACCAACACCUAGUCAACAACAACAGUACCAUCAACUACAACAACAACGUCAUCAACACGAACAGCAACAACGCCACCAACACGAACAGCAACAACGUCAUCAGCACGAACAACAGCAACAACGUCACCAGCAUGAACAACAGCAACGUCACCAACACGAACAACAACAACGUCACCAACACGAACAACAACAACGCCAACAACAGGAACAACAACAGCGCCAACAACAGGAACAACAACAGCGCGCACAACAGGAACAAUUACAACGGCAACAUCAGCAACAAUUGCAACAGCAACAACAACAAUUGGAUGCGGAACAGGAACAAGUCAGGUUGCAACUGGCUCACAAUGUUCAAAAGCAACAAGAAGAAAUUCAACGCCUGCAGGCGCAACUAUUGCAAACCCAGCAGCAGCAACAACAGCAGCAGUACCAGAGCGUAUACCAGCAGCAAGUCCAGGCCACGUCUCCUAGAUCUCAAUACAUACAAGAGAGAGCAAGACCUCAACCUACAUUCGCCACCAGUACAGUGUCACCGCCCUACUACCAGUCAACUUCUAGAACAGUGGAAAUUAAACCGACUACUACCAAAUACGUAUCAUCAACUCAAAACUCAGUAACUUCAGCCCCAGAAACUAAAAAGGAGGAGAAAAAGAAGAAGCCAGCCAUUGAGCUUCCUGAUGAAGUGCCAGAUGACCUCCGUCAACAACUCCUGUCUUCAGGCAUCUUAGAUAAUGCUGACAUUAGUGUUUUGGAUUACGAUAAAGUAGGAGACACGCCUUUAGAUUCUUUGCCACCAGAUCAGUUGGCUAACUUCUUCAGUGCUGGUGGAGCUCAACAGAUUGCAUCUAGUGAAAAUAGACCCGUAUAUGUAAAGCCUAACGGAGAUUCUAUUCAAUCUAGAAUUGAUGAGGACAUAGAUGAUGACCAGGAAUUUGCUGCAUCGGAAAACGUUGCCAGUUAUGUUGCUCCCCCCUCAAAAGAUCAAGCCGUUGAAAUGAAAGUUGUUCAUUUUAAUCCGGAAACACUUGAAGGACAACAAUUAGCUAAAGAAUACAUUAAAGAAAAUGCCACGCAAGUUGACCCUGUAGCAUUAAAUGACAAAAGAUACAACAGAUACUUACCUUUAAAAGUGAGUGGCAAUCAAUUCCCGCUACCAGACGUCCUGAAAGGAAGAAAAGUCACUUCAGUCGUUGUUUUGGCUCCUGUGGAGACUGAAGCUUUAGGAGCUCAUUCUAGAGCAGAGCGCGCUGCUGAAGAAAACUUAAAAGGAAUUAAAUUUGUCGCUGGUGAGAGCUUACAAGAACUAUUAAAGCGACCGACAAAAGGCAACUUUGAGAAAUGGUUGGAAGUUGAGAAGAAAACCGCCACUGAUUUGCAAUCAGUCGUUUUGCUCGUUACUGGGGACGAUGCUGCCAAUGGAAAAGAAAUUUUCAUGUAUGACAUCGCUUCGGGCAACGUGAACAAACUGGAUGGUGACUUAUCAAACGCUUUCGUCGAGGCUGCAGAAAACAACUCUCUCAGCAAAGACAUUGAAUCAUUGGCCAUUGAAGGAGAAGGAACGCCAGAAAACUUUAACAAGGAUAAAAAUGACGACGUAGUCGCGGAGGGUUCUGAAAACGUGCCAUUAUUUGUAGAUUUAUCAGGCUUAAACUUAGAUCAGGAAAACACAAAUCAAGUGUCAAUAUCGUCAGGUUACAGUAAAACGAAACACGGAAGAUCGUUUAGGAGAAAUUGAUAUCCAAAAUGCCAAAUGGUGUCUGAUCCUUGUAAAUAGUCUAGUAUUAGUAUUACUAAAUUAAAUUCAACGCGAUUGUUGCGUGUAGUCGUAAUUGUUUUUUACAAAAGAGUGAUAAUGGUUGUACAAUAUAAAAUAACUGCCUAUUAAA